CGCUGACGGCCGCGGCAGAAAGGGGGCGGCCGCGCCCAUUUCCUCUGCUCCGCCGCGGCGGGAGGGAUCCGCAUCAGCGAGCUGCGCCUCUCGGGUGUUGGCCCCGGCGGCUCCCCCACAGUGCCUGGCUGUGGCGAGGCUGCUGCAGCAGAGCCUGUGGCGGCCGCAAUCCCUGGGGCGCUCCGGAACCCAGUGCGCGGCGCGCGUGCCGGCCGCCCGCAUGGACGCAGCGCUGAAGCGGAGCCGCUCGGAGGAGCCAGCCGAGCUUCUGCCGCCUGCCCGGGACGAGGAGGAAGAGGAGGAGGAGGAAGAAGAGGGGAUGGAGCAGGGGCUGGAGGAGGAAGAAGAGGUGGACCCCCGGAUCCAGGGAGAACUGGAGAAGUUAAAUCAGUCCACGGAUGAUAUCAACAGACGGGAGACUGAACUUGAGGAUGCUCGUCAGAAGUUCCGCUCUGUUCUGGUUGAAGCGACAGUGAAACUGGAUGAACUAGUGAAGAAAAUUGGCAAAGCCGUGGAAGAUUCCAAGCCCUACUGGGAGGCACGGAGGGUGGCAAGGCAGGCUCAGCUGGAAGCUCAGAAAGCCACUCAGGACUUCCAGAGGGCCACGGAGGUGCUCCGCGCCGCCAAGGAGACCAUCUCUCUGGCCGAGCAGCGGCUGCUGGAGGAUGACAAGCGGCAGUUUGACUCCGCCUGGCAGGAGAUGCUGAAUCACGCCACUCAGAGGGUCAUGGAGGCGGAGCAGACCAAGACCAGGAGCGAGCUGGUGCAUAAGGAGACCGCGGCCAGGUACAACGCCGCCAUGGGCCGUAUGCGGCAGCUGGAGAAGAAACUCAAGAGAGCCAUCAACAAGUCCAAGCCUUAUUUUGAACUCAAGGCAAAGUACUACGUGCAGCUUGAGCAACUGAAGAAGACUGUGGAUGACCUGCAGGCCAAACUGACCCUGGCAAAAGGGGAGUACAAGAUGGCCCUGAAGAACCUAGAGAUGAUCUCAGAUGAGAUCCAUGAGCGGCGGCGCUCCAGUGCCAUGGGGCCUCGGGGCUGCGGUGUUGGGGCUGAGGGCAGCAGCACGUCUGUGGAGGAUCUGUCAGGGAGCAAACCUGAGCCUGAUGCCAUUUCUGUGGCCUCGGAGGCCUUUGAAGAUGACAGCUGUAGCAACUUUGUGUCUGAAGAUGACUCGGAAACCCAGUCGGUAUCCAGCUUUAGUUCAGGACCAACAAGCCCGUCUGAGAUGCCUGACCAGUUCCCUGCGGUUGUGAGGCCUGGCAGCCUGGAUUUGCCCAGCCCUGUGUCCCUGUCAGAGUUUGGGAUGAUGUUCCCAGUGUUGGGCCCCCGAAGUGAAUGCAGUGGGGCCUCCUCCCCUGAAUGUGAAGUAGAACGAGGAGACAGGGCAGAAGGGGCAGAAAAUAAAACAAGUGACAAAGCCAACAACAACCGGGGCCUCAGCAAUAGCAGUGGCGGUGGUGGCAACAGUAAGAGCCACAGCAGCGCCUCCCCUGAGGGCCAGGCUUUGGAGAACCGGAUGAAGCAGCUCUCCCUACAGCGCUCCAAGGGAAGAGAUGGGAUUAUUGCUGACAUAAAAAUGGUGCAGAUUGGCUGAUUCAUCCUGGGCCCUGCCCAUGUGCGUAUCAACAUUUAUACAUGGAACUGGAGAACAUUGUGCCAAUAAUCAUUUAAUAUAUGCCAAAUCUUACGCGUCUACUCUAAACUGCACUAAUGAAGUUUCAGUGACCUUGGGGGCUGAAGAUUGUUCUGGGUAAGAGCCUUGAGCUGGUCUGUUUUUCAGAGCAGAGCUGUCGCAAGCAGACUGUGACCAGGUUCACAGCCUUUGUGGAACAUUCCGUGUAACGGCACUGUGGAAGCAAUAACUAGUUCCUAUGAAAGAACCAGAGCUGGGAAGAUGGCUGGGAAGCUAAGCCAAAGCGGGGCCAACAGCUUGCUUCUCUUUCUCUUCUUACCCUCAAUUUGUAUGGGAAAAUGGAGACGCUCUCUCCACUUCUACCCCAUGAUAUCUAAAUGAUAAGGAAAACCCACACACAAAGCCAAAACUCCAGCAUUGAGAGCACAUAUUUUUGACCCGGGGGAGGCUUAAAAAAAUCCAAGAACACAACUCAUUUUCAUCACCUCUGGUGUUCAGAGGGGACAUUUUAAAAAGCGUGUAUGCUAAGAUACCCAUUAAAACCAUUUCUAGAAAGGCUA